CGUGAUCUACGCUUAGGUUAGCUUAUAAAAGACAAGUGGUGUGCAGGCAGGCAGGAAUCCACGAUUCUACCGCAUGGGAAGUGGUAAUUGCAUAUACUUUAUACGGUGUAAUCUCAGCGUAAACUUUGAUACCAUUUAAUAUACUAUCGAAUGAACAGAAUUUUACGCUUUCAAACAACGUGUUGCUACUAAUUAUAUUUGUGUGCACGCCAAGAGAGUGAUCGAGAAUUAUUAAACAUGCAAGUCAACAACUCGCAGAUACGUGAUAAUACCGAAAAAACGAUAUUAGCGCUAUUGCUUUCGCGUAAAGGUGGAUGUUCGUUAUCCCAAUUACUUGGAGAUUAUUACGAAACGGAAGGUGAACAAUUACCAUGGAAAUCUUUGGGAUACCUCAGUCCGUUGAGCUUUUUGCAAAGUAUGUACAAAUCUGUUCGAGUCGAAUAUAGGAACGAUACACCUUUCAUAAAAGGUAUAGCAUCCGACAAGUCCAAACACAUUAGUAAGUUGGUAGCUGGACAAAAAAAUAUCCAAAAAUAUCCGGUUGGGAGAAAAUCUUAUAGACCCAGUCAUUAUUAUCCGAAUACCGGUCCUCUAAAAGUUCGUGUGUCUGCCGAGAUAUUGGCCAAAGUAAUUGGUCGUAUCAACCAAAAUCCAGAUGGCAUAGAUAAAGAUUGCUUGCUUCGGUACGUACAAUCAGAAAUGCCUCAUGUAAACAUCGUAAUGAGCGAUUUGGAAGAACAAUUACGAGAAUUGUCGCAUAAGAUUUAUCAAACACGUAACAAGGUCUUUCCAAAUCGAAGAGAGUCGACAAAUUUGGAUUCUGCUGAUCGGGUCUUGGUAACCGCAGGUGGAAACGAAGAUUACGAUGAAGAAAAUGAUUUUGACUUUAUACCCUCUGGUUAUAUCCCACCUUGUACAUCGGCAAAGACUAAGGCUACGUCUAGUUUCAUAAAGGACAGUGUGUCCAAGUGUCAGGAUCGAUUCGUCGAGUGUGAAACUGUGGAAUACACGUCGAGGGUACAAGUAGACCAAAAUAGUUUAUAUAAUUUCCAUAAUUAUAAUUAUGAUACUCAGGUUGAAACUCAAAGGCAAACCAAUGGUGAUGUAGACAAAAAAUCAACUUCUUCAGAUGAUGAAAAUGUUGAAAUACUAGUAAGCAAAAGAGUUCGAUUUCGUUUAGAAAAACUUAUCGAGAAUAGCCCUGAUGGUAUUUGGUGUGCCGAUCUUCCGCAAAAAUAUUUACAAGAAUACCGAAUCUCGUUAAAUUACACGGAACUUGGUUUCAACAGUGUUAGGGAAUUCGCAUCGCACUUACCCGAUAUCUUUCAUUGUGUACAACCGUACGAUACAGGGGAUUUCAUGCUGUAUUAUGCGAAAAGGGAAAUACCUACCGAUAAACAAAAAGGAAAACAAAAGAUUGUUAAUCUUGCGGAAUUACAUAAUAUUUAUAAUACGGAUGACCAAGUUGAAGCACUUCCGACAUCAUUGUCGGUCGAUACGUGUAAGAAAUUAAUACCGGAUGAUAUAGUAACAAUCGGAGAAAGCGUAGGACAGUUGGAUGUCACAGAGUUUGCAAAUGCGGAUAAGCCUUAUAUAGAAGUUAUCGUUGUGGAAGUAUUCACUCCGUCUUUCUUUUGGAUACAGCUUCGUAAAAAGCAGCAAAUGUUUAAAUCAUUUAUGGACGAGUUACACAACUUUUACGUGCUAAAACACCACGACUACAUAAUGCCACCGGUUGUAUUAGAAAAAGGCUUAAAUUGUGCGUGUAUGUACAAUAACAUAUGGCACAGGGGUAUAAUAAAGACGGUUAGACCUGACUUACAAGUUACUGUGAUGUUUUAUGAUUACGGUACAUUAAAAACAUAUCCUCCGGAAGCGAUACACUACUUGCAUCGAAUGUUUUCUGCUAUACCGGCGCAAGCCAUACCGUGCGGAUUAAUUAAUACAAGACCGUACAAAGGAUCCAAAUGGUCUUCCAAUGCUACUCACAAUUUUGCGGUCAGGACAUCACAGAUACCUCUGAUUGCGACCAUAGCAUCGAUUAAUACAGAGGACAAUUCGAUGCUGGUAACAUUGACGGACACCUUAGAAGAAGAAGAUGUUCACAUUAACGACUGGUUAGUCGAGAAAAAACUAGCACAACAUGGAAAAAUGGGAGAUAAAGUUGAUAUGGACAAUUUGUUGCUGUAUGUGGAAGAAAAUUUACUAUUUUCACCGAAACGGUGCUACGAAGAAGAGAUAUCCGAUGUACGUAAUGACCCAAAAAGUCCAGGAGAAAAGUCAACGAAUAUGCCUCUGGUAUCACCGCAAAGUACCUUGGACAAUAAGCCUUUAGCGGUUCCUCCUGGAUUUGGAUUAUCCAGAGAUGAAUCGCAAAAACUACAAACUAUUACCGAAGAAAAUGUACAAGAUCAGACUGCUGAAAAUGAUUCGCCAUCUACUAUGCCCAAUCCAAAUAUAUCCAACACGAAUCCGUUUCUACAAGAUGAUAAUCAAAUUAAAUGUGAUUUAACUCCGGACAAAUUCCUGAAAUUAUGGAAUGACAACUUGAAACUACAAAUGCAAAUAACCGCCACUUUUCAUAUACUUUUUAAUCAAGUUAUGAAAAAUUCUAGUAAGGGAAUAGAUGACGAUCCAGUAAAAGAUACAAAUAAAUUAAACAUACCGAAUAAUAUGUUUCCGCAUACUGAGAAAGAUAUUCCAACAACGAUCACAACAACCGCAAGUUUGCCGAGUGUAAAUAGUUCGAAUACAGGUCCGGUUACGGCUACGUUUACCGUAGAACCAUUGCACGCUUCUACUUCUUAUAAUGGAAACGUUAAGCCAAGCUUUGCUGAUUUCCUUAGAAAUUACUAUAAUUUUGAUGCGAUCAGAGAAUCUUUGGCAAAUACACGAGUAUUACCAGACUUUGACAAUAUUAAUGUGAAAUCUAAUAUGGACAAUCAAAGUCAUAUUUCCAAUUAUGCAAACAUCAACGAUGUUCCAACGUUUUUAGAGAAAUCUACAAAUAAUAAAAUACCAUUCAAAGAGACUAAUCCUUUCAAGCUCAGUUUAGCAGGUAAAUUACGAUUAGAUUCAGAGGAUGAAAAUUAUUUGACACCUAUUUCUCACAAAGAUCAAGAUCGAUUGAUCGAUAAACACGAUUCGAUUAGUUACGAACAGAAUUCGAACCUCGGAAGCAUAAACCAUGCAAAUGAUAUACCGGAGAAAUUGUAUAAAGACUCAUCGUUUAAUAGUCAAAAAUAUUUUCACGCAAAUAAUACAACGAAUAAUUUAUCCGUGUUAAACGAAAAAUUCAUUUCGAAUGAUCGUACUACCUGGCCUAUGGUCAAUGUUACCAAUGAUAUGUCAAAAAUUAUUAUUAAUAAGCCAUUCAUAAUGCACGAUGUUAAUCAAGUAAAAGAAAUGAAUAACGAAAGUGUAGCGAAUACUCAAAAUUGCAAUUACGCAAGGUUUUCUCCGUACACUCCUUCAUAUCUCAGAAUUAGUUCGCAAGAGCAUGUUAUAGACCAAAAGCAUAAGGAAAAUCCAGCUUCGGUGCCCUGUCUACAGACUAUCGAGAGAACAGACGAUCAAACGACGUGUAAUACGAAUCGUAAUAGCGUAACUAAAACCAACGAUUUUAGUGAAUGUACAAGUACGUCUUCGCCAUGGUUACCGUUUAACAGUUUCCUACCGCUUGUACCAGUGAUACAGGAUAACAACACAAGCACUGACAAAGAUUACUUAACACGAAUGACUACCUCCAACAUUUCAUGCACAUCGGCAGCUACUACAUUAAUAAAACCGACUAACGAAGCGGCGGCGGCGGCAGUAGAUAACAAUCAUCUACAAUCACCGAUCAGAAAUUCAAAUGACGCGUGUGGUACAUUUGUGAAAGACUGGAUUAAAACGGUUCAAGAUAUAGCUAAUAUUCAAUUGGGAAACUGUGAUACGAUGAGUUCUUCGUUUAAGGGAAACGAGAAUGUAGAAAUAGCAAGCUGUAUAAAAAAUCCAGCUGACGAAGACAAUGUUCUAAAUCAGUUUAACAUUAAUCGCUUAGAUGUAAACAAUUUCCAUGCGAGAGGAAACGAAUUGAGAAAUAUUUGGAAACCGUCGAUUUCGACGCAAUCCACGUAUAGCGAUAACAAUUCUACGUAUUUAACGUAUCCGAUGUCACCGAGAAUUAAAAUAUUUUUUUCAUUAAUUGACUUACCUAACGAGCGAACAAUUCACAUAUUUCACCAUCGAAACGAUGGUUGGUUAUUAGCGAACGAAUUUAUAAUGUUUACCGAAUUUCAAACAUUUUCGUGUAUGUUAAAUUUCUCAAACAUAUUUAACAUACGCAUACCAUUCGAAGAAAUUGACAAAAGUCUAUACUCCAUGGAAUAUAUAGAGCCGUACAUAAGGCCAUUGUCAAUGACAACAAGAGAUAUAAUAAAUAAUCCUAGCAAACUGCAAUUGAUACCAUUAAGAGUGAUAUUCAGAUUAUUGUCUAAAUGCAGAGAUUCUCAGAAGAAUCCGCUUGGCGGUCUCAUAUACAAACCAUUUAAGGAUCCUUCUACUCCCCAUGAAAUUAUGCAAAUCAUACAGGCAUAUCGACAAUUCAAGAAUCACAUUGAAAAUUUUGGAAAGCUAUGAAGUAUUGGUUACGAGUUCCUUGUGUAAUGUACGACGAAUGUUUAUAUUAGUUAUCGAUGCGAUCGAAAUGGUUAUAAUAUUGUUUAUUUAUGGUUUUAUACUUCCUUCGUUUGCGAAUAACAUAUUAUUGUAGCAUAAUAGUUUACGAUACUAAAGAGUAUUAUAUCUAAUCGUUAAAAUAGACGAGUAAUCUUCGUUUUGUUUGUAUAAAAUGCAUACUUUUUCAACGUGUUA